GUUUGAAGGGGGAAGCGUCUUCCAGUCGGCCAGCGAGCCAUGGACGAUUGGAUGAAAUACCAACUCACAGGAGACGAGCGCUUUUUGGCGGCGUACCGCAGGAAGCGGGCCUUGAAGACCGCCUGCAUGGGGGGCAGCCUGGGAGGCAUCGCCGUCUUCUCCACCUCCCUGAUCAUUUCCAAGGACUGGCCCCCCAAGUGGCUGCCCCGGCGGUGCGCUGCCUUGACGCUGGCUCUGGGGACCAUAUCUGGCGCUGCGUCCUGGAUGGAAACCUCGAGCAUGGUGGGUCAGCUCUAUCUUCCGCAGAUGGACGGUGAGGACAAGGCGUCGACUGAGAGAUCCAAAAGCUCCACGCCCACCAUUUGAGAUCCGCG